CAGAUUGUUUUAGGAGUCGGACUGAAGUAUUCCUCAAUCGGUGACUUUUGAGUCGUGUUAUCAGAUUGGGGUAGAUCGUAUAAUGUGCCAGGAGAUGUUGAUUUACAAAACAGAUUGAACAUUCCGGUAGAAAGCAGCAAAACAAACUCGUGAAUCCUUUCGAUGGCUUAACAGUACACAAUAAAAGAAGUGUAAAGUUUAAUUUUCGUGUAGUUUCCUAUGGAAAGCAAGCUUAACAGCUAUCGAACGAAUAAACGUCGUCAGGCGCUGCUGAACAACUUCAAGGAUCGCCUGUACAAUAUGGUCUCAUUUCAGCAGGUUCGAGUAGAAGAAAAGUCUACUCAUGUUAUAGUGGAGGCCGAUACCGAACCACAACCCGUUCCUAAAGUGAAAAUAACCCCAGUUCACAAGCCAAAACUAGAGCAAAGCAAUAAAAAAUUACGCACCAGUUCGGAAACCGACUCCGUAAUCUCGGUAAAUAGCUUGUCCGCGGAUGAGACAGCUGAUUCGCGCGAUGCACCGAUCCAGAAACAGGCCAGAUCUUAUUUGACGUACGUCACGUAUCUGGUGUAUUUCCUUUUCUGGGUUACACUAUAUGCGAUCGCAAUCGAGCUCCGGUUCGGAGUGGUGUUUUUGAUGAUCUCCGCCCUGGUGGCGAUCUACUUUAACACCCGUACCGAACGGACACCGGGCGAGAUUAGCGCUUACAGUGUUUUCAACAAAGACUGCGAAUCGAUCGAUGGCACGCUAAAAGCGGAACAGUUCGAGAGGGAAAUUGGAAUCCGGCACUGAGAGUGCAAAUGGAGAGAGUUCUUUGAGUGUGCGAAGAUUAUUUUCGCAGAUACUGAGUUUCAUAUUUUUACAAUAGAUAUCUACUAUUUACGAUGGGUGAAAAUAUAUUUAUCGGGAUUAUUUAUUCGA